UAUAAAUGCCAAUUUGUAUGCUUGCAGAUCUGUGGUGGGAAGAUUAUGGUGCCACAACGCCUAAUCUUCAAAAGCUUGCAAUCCGCAUAUUAUCUCAGCCUUAUAGUGCUUCUGGUUGUGAGCGCAACUGGAGUGUCUUUGAGGCCAUUCACACAAAAAAGCGCAAUAGGUUGACUCAGAAGCACUUGAAUGACCUUGUAUAUGUGCGGUACAACCUUCGACUGCAUGAAAAGAGGGUACAAGGGAACAAUUCAUAUGACGCACUUGACAUUGAUGAGAUUGAUCCAUACACAGCAGAUUGGAUUGUUGAACCUGAUGAUGCUACUGGUGAUAUUGAUGUGGAUGCAUUUAUCACUGACGCUCAAUUAAAUGAAAUGGAGAGGGAGGCAGCUGAAUGGGCGGCAGAGGUGGCAGAAUGUGAGGAGGCGGGAGAUGAGUUUGUUGAUCCAGAAGAGGCAGAUUAAUCACCGGUUAAGGAUAUUGCAGCAGCAGCAGCUGCAACACCAUCUACUUCAGCACCCACUCAGCGGCAACAGAGUUUUUUGAGCUUUAGUUGCAAACACAAUCUAUGAUUUUCAGUUUUCAAUGAUAUGAAACCAUGAACUUAAUAUGUAUUCAGACUUCACUGAUUUGUUUUGUGGUCUAGGCUCUACAAUAUGGAUUUGACUCAAUCGUAUUUACUAUUUACUAUUUAGAACUUGAACUUGUUUUUUUGGUAUAUCACUUUGCUAUAUGCCAUAUGGUAUAUCACUUUGCUAUAUGCCAUAUGGUAUGUAUUUGACUCAAAGUCUCAAACUAUGAUUUAUAUAUGAUGGAAACCAGUAAUAUGCUAUUGUGUUCUAUAAAUUUAGUGUAUACAUGUGUUUUUUU